GACAUUGGAACUGCCUGAAAGGUUGAGAAAGAGGCUGGAGGACAAGAGAUUUUCUUAAAUUAAAUAUUCUUUUCAGCUUAUUUAUUAAAAUCUCUCUUUUAUUAAAAAUAAUUUUAAACAAAGUAUUUAUCUUUGAGGGGGGAAGUUCAUAUUUUUAGUUUGUAUUUAGUUUUCACUAUUUAGUUUCUUUUGUUGUUACUUUGUGUAUUAUUUUCCAUAGACUUGUAACACAGUGAACAAUUAAUCACUUAUUUCUCAGCAGAGGUAGCUGUAACUUGCUUUUAAUAUAUUGUACACCAUAAUGGUUUCAUGCUGCAGGAAAUUUUUAAGUACACUUACUGGUUAUAUUUUUAUAACUGGGUACACUUUUAACAGCAGAAGCUUAGAUACAACACCCUUAGAGAAAACACUAGUAAAGUACCCCCUGCAGAGAACCUUUUCUUGUUCUGAUAUCUAUAAGCAGCUAGUAUUUACAUAGCAGCUGGUUUGAUUUCAUGGUUUUUUGGUGUGUUGUUGGUUUUGUUUUUUUUGGGGGGUGUUUUGUUGCUUUAGAAACAAAUUUUAACCCUUUCUUCUGUAGGAUGUUCUUUGUUAGGCAUUACAUGGUACAUCUUGUAUUGCUUUGUAUUUGAAAAGAAAAAAACAGUUAACAGUGUUUAACAGUUUUAAUUGACGUUGUUUCCCAAAGUUUCUGCAAAAGUAAUUAAUAAAAUCAGUGGAGUUAUGUGCUUGGGAGAAGGGAAUAGCCAGUUUAUCCAUAGACCUACUUACACAUGAUGUAGUACUAUUUAAUAGGCCUGACAGCUGGUCAUUGAAAUUUGGAUGUCAGGGAAAACAUAAAUUGUCUGCAGACUUAUUGUCUUGAUAAUUCUGUAUUUCUCAGAAAAGAAGAUUGCUUAGUAAAAACAUUAAGAACACACAUUUAUGGCCUAAUCAGAUCUACUUGAAAUUAUUCUGGCUUUGUAUAUUCAUUUCUCAAGAACUCCACUGAAACCUUCACUAAACAGUGUGAAAAGACUUGGAACUUAAUGAAACAGCUGGAAGAUCUUCAAAUGAUUUCUCACAUUAAAUAUCUGCAGGAAGAUAUUUAUACAAUGAAAACAUGGUCUAGCAGCAUAAUUAAAAAACAAGAAGAACUGGAGAAGAAUUUAACAAGCCUUUUUCAUGCAGUUUCAAGUGCUGAACACAAUGCAGCUUCCGUAGCAAAAAAUGUAACGUUGACAAUUGUGACAGUAAAAACUGACAUAAGGCGCAUUUCAGGCCUGGUCUCAGAAAUGACUGCACUGACAGAUUCUUUGCAAACCCUAGAAGAUAAAGUAGAAGAAGGUGAAAAAGCAACAGUGAAAAAUAUAGGUGAGCUCCUUACCAGUAGCAUUGACCGAAGUACAAAAAUACAAGGUCUGGCAUCCAGUAACGCAAGAAAAAUUGAGCAAAUUAAGACAGCACUGUCUGAGUUAAGGAGCAAUUUUAGCAAGCAUUCCGACAGACUUUUGAAUCUUGAAGGUGACAGAGCAAAAGUUCUGAAGACAGUUACAUUUGCAAAUGAUUUAAAACCUAAGAUGUACAAAGUUAAAAAGGAGUUUGCCAUCUUGGAGCCCUUAAUAAAUGACCUAACGCUGAGAAUAGGAAGAUUAGUGGAGGAAGUGUUACGACGGGAAAAGGAAAUUGCUUUACUGAAUGAGAAAUUGGCCAAUCUAACAAGAGUUCAAACAGAGAUCAAGGAUGUAAAAGAUGAAAUAACCAAGAUUUCAGAGAUUAACUGAAAGGGCACUGCCUAAGGAAUAGUGUUUGAGGAGUGUUAACUCCUAUCAUCUGUAGUACUGAGAAGAUAAGACUAUAUUUAAAGGCUUCAUUGAGAAGCACACCUAAACCUGAAAUUUGUCCUAUUCCUUUGAACAGGACAAGAAAAAGUCAUACUUAUUGCAAGGGAGAAAUAAUAAUGUGAACAAAAAACAUAUCUCUCUGCAUGUAUUUGUCUUUCUGAAGAAUGACAGAUGCUAUAUUUAAUAAAUUGCUUGUUUUGUACAAUAAAGCAGUGUUAAAGCAUUAAAUUAUGUUUUCAGCUUUAGAGUUUGCUUUCAUGAAGAAAGCAGGAACCAAGAAUGAUAGAUCUCCAGUUUUGCUUUUCUGCUGCAAAGGAAGGAAAAGAACUGGUUUCCAGCUAAACAAGAGGGAGUCAAACAGCAGUAGCACUUUGUCUCUAUUCACUCUAUGAUUUUGAUAAACUACUUUCUAUUUUAAAUAAUAUUUAACAAGGUAAAUGCAGUGAAGCAAGAAAUGCUCAGAAAUAUUGCUGAUUUGGAUUGUCACACAUUUAGAUGAACAAUGCGUAUAAGGCUUUGUGGGAGUUCUCAUAAAUCAAAGUUACUGUGCAGCACUGUUCCAUCUUUAAAACACAUAACUCUCUACAGGGACAAUGCUCUGAGAGACCCACUAAUGCUGCUGAUGGCUUAAUCCCAUGUCACGGUGUUUGCUAGGAACCCUAACAGUGUUAUUCAUUCAUUCUAAGAAUGUAAAAUACUAUAGUGAGCAGCAGAAUUAGCAAAGAGAAGCUACUUAUGCCCCAAAAGGCUACUGCUAUGAACUACUGGGACUAUUUAGGUGCUGAAGAACAACAGAUCUGAAACAUUUGAAAAUGAAGUAGGCAUUAACAAGACAGUGGGUAUGGUUAUGGCAGAGGAAGGUGGGGGAGGGAAGUGAAUUAAAUAGGAAUUAAAAUGACUAUCAAUUAAAAGUUGAUACAGCAACUCAGAAAAUCCCUGUAAAUUAUUUUAUAUCAAGAAAUGGAAAUUUACAGUAAGGUCUUUAUAACUUCUUAAUAGGGCAUACCUGAACAUCUUGCAACUACUAGACUCUUGAUUGUAUGGAAGACACAAGCAUUCCUCUCCCUCACUAUUUUUAUCCUCGUUCAGCUUUCCAUGGUCUUUUGGUCUGCUUCAUGUUGCUGGUCUUCUUUGCUUCAUUUGCCCACAUUCAACCUCCAAAACUUUUAGUUUUUCCUCUUUUUGGUAUAGGUCCAUUACUAUCUCCCCCCUUCUUCUACCCCUUUCCAGUCCACCUGACAGGAUGGCAAGAAUAAAUCUGUGCAAACACAUUUUCCUAGAAGUAUCCACAAAUACUCUACCAACCCCUGUCCCUUUGCUCUGCCAAACAGUUAAGUGAGCCCCUGAAAAUAACCAAAUGGCAUUUGAAGGAGGCAGCAAAAUUCAAGAACAGUCAUGGUAAAGUAUGCAUUGUGUAUCAUACCUGAAACAACAUGCACAUACAUCUUAGGAGUUUGAGGGUUACACAAUAAAGAUAUUGUGUAUUAAAGGCAUCACAGGCUGCAGUGAUUUUCUUUACUUUGUUUUCAAUUUUAUGAAUGCAUCAUUUGUAGUCAGUAGCCAGUAAGAAUCUGGAGAGGUAGAACUGGAGAACCAGUAGAGCAACAUCUACACAAGUGUGAUGUGGAAAAUACAUUCCAGCUGCACAGUUAAUCUGAGCAGCCUUGACACAGCAGAGGUCUGUCUGCAUGAAAAAGAGUGCACUCUCUCCUUGGAACAGUAACCAGAAAACAAGCCAGGAUAAACAACUGUGGACUUCACUUUCAACCUCCAAAUUCUAGAACACACCUCCCAGUGAAAAGCUAACUGUACAGUCCUGAGCGUGGUUUCCAAGGGAAGUGAAGCAUGCAAAAAAUGUUACAGGACCAUUCAUUUCCCUUUCCCAUUAGAUGUAUGCAGACUUUCUACCCUUCUUAUCCCAGGAUAAUCCUCUCAGAAUCUUUUCUUGCUGCAAGCAGGACAAAAAAAUUUAAGUCACAAAGGUAAAGUUUAAUUGGAAAAAAUAUUUUAGAAUAACCUGUAUCUAAGUUGUCACACCACUGUGCUGACCUCAGCAGUGAGGCGAGUGAUCAGAAAUUCUCCCAUAACACACAGGUGUUACAAAUCUCUGUUUGCCCUACAGGCACACAUCUCCACUGUACUAAAAAAUGGAAGUUUUAUAGUAGCUUUGUAAUUAGACUGCUCUAAGCAGAGAGCUCUUUCUACAGUGGAAAAGGUGAGCAGAGAGUGAAUUAUUUUUCAAAAGUUUAAAGCAGACUGGUAACCUUGCCUCCUUGUUUUAGUACUGUCAGUGGUGGGGAAAGUAUCGGCUUAGUGAAACUACAACCCCUUAAUUCAUUUCUAAGGUCAUGGAGUGAUACUCUGCAAUUUUAUCAAAUGAGAGAUUCAGGUAAUAAGGAAAAUUACAGCUAGCUACUUAAAA